UUGGAGUCUCAGGGGCUGAUGAAGAGGCAUUGUUCAUAAGGUUGUUUCCAUUCUCCCUGAAUGGGAAGGCUAAGGCUUGGCUUCAUUCUCAGCCAAACCAAAGCCUAACCACUUGGAGGGAUGUGAAGACUAAAUUCUUAGCCAGGUUCUUUCCCCCUUCCAAGAACACUGAGGCCAGAACUGCUAUUGCUACUUUUGAUCAAGGUGCGGAUGAGCCAUUAUGUGAAGCAUGGGAGAGGUACAAAUCACUGUUUAAGAGGUACCCUAAUCAUGGUUUUGAGGUGGAGCUGCAAGUUCAAACUUUCUAUAAUGGGUUACAACCUCAAACCAAGAUGAUACUUGAUGCUUCUUUUGGAGGGUUAGUUAUGUUCAGAAUCGCCGAAGAGGCUAUCACCAUGAUUGAGUCUAUGGCCUCCACAGAUUUUAGGAGCCAGCAUGGUAAAAGCUCUUCACACAAGAGGGGAGUUUUGGAGUUGAGUACUCAGGAUGCAGUGUUAGCUCAGAACAAGUUUCUUUCCCAACAAAUUGAACCAUUGAAUCAACAGAUGGCUAAGUUACCUCAACAACUUCAAGCUAUGCAAACUAAUGCCCCUCCUAUGCAACAAGUGUUAUCAUGUGAUUUUUGUGGAGGUGACCACCCUAAUGGCUAUUGUGCCGAAUCAUCUAGUUCCCAAGGUGAAGAAGUGAAUUAUAUGGGGAAUCAAGGGCGGAAAAAUUUCUCUCAACACCCUUAUCCUCAAAACUCAAAUCAGGGGUGGAGAAAUAAUUAUCGUGGAAACAAGCAAGAUAUGAAUGCUUCAUCAAGUAGCAGGCCUCCACAUCAACACCAACACCCACCUUUAUAUGAGAGAACCACCAAGUUGGAAGACACACUACAACAAUUCAUGCAAUUGUCUAUGUCCAACCAAAAGAACACUGAUACUUCAAUUAAAAAUCUGGAGAUACAGGUGGGGCAAAUAGCAAAGAAGCUAGCAGAGCAACAAAAAUGUUUUUUCUCAGCCAACACCGAGAAAAAUCCAAAGGGGCACUUGAAUGUAGUAUCUACAAGGAGUGGUAGGGAAUUUGUGGUGAAGGAGAAUGAGAAGAAGAAUGAGAGAGAAGAAAAAAAUGACAUGAGUGUGGAAGAUGAUGCUAGUGUUGAUGAAGAAAUCAUCUUAGAGGGCCCAGGAGUAUGGAGAAGGAGUGAAGGAAGUGAGAUGAUUAACAUUCCAUUCUCCGAGGCAUUGGAACAAAUGCCUACUUAUGCUAAGUUCAUGAAGGAGCUCAUCACCAAAAAGAGGAAAUAUUUUGAAGAGGAGACCAUUACAUUGGAGGCGAGAUGUAGUGCCAUUAUUCAGAAGAUGUUGCCAACUAAAUCCAAGGACCCUGGUAGUUUCACUCUUCCAGUCACUAUUAGGAGUUUAGCUAUUGGGAAGGCUUUGCUUGAUUUGGGGGCUAGCAUAAAUCUCAUGCCCUUAUCUAUGCUUUAG